GGCACUGACUGGCAUCACUGCUGGGCACUGACUGGCGGCACUGACUGGCACAACCCCUGGGCACUGACUGGUGGCACUGAUUGGCAGCACUGGUGGGUGGCACUGGUGGGUGGCACUGGUGGGUGGGCACAGGUGGGUGGGCACAGGUGGGUGGCACUUCUGGGCACAGGUGGGUGGCACUUCUGGGCACAGGUGUGUGACACUGCAGAGUGGCACAGGUGGGCGGAGCUAGUGGGCGCACUGCUGGGCACAGGUGGGCGGAGCUUGCGGGUGGCACUGCUGGGCACCGAUCAUCAGGGCACUGAUCAUCAGUGCCCUGAUGAUCGGUGCCGAUCCCCGCUCUGACAACUGCCGCUUCUCGGCAGUACUUUCCUCACGAUCUGACAGCGUGAGGAAAGUGCAGCCGAUAACCGGCACUUGCAU